UCCUCAAAAGAAGAAGAAGAAGAAGAAGAAGAGGAAGAGGUUACGCCUGAACCAGAGGAAGACUCGGACGACAGCAGUGGAGAAGAGGCUGCAGGAAACACUGAGAUGGACUUCCUGCGUAACCUCUUUUCCAGCACGCUGGGCCUCGGCUCACCAGAGAAAGUUCUGGAUGAGCUGACUCUGGAGGGGGUGGCCCGAUACAUAAAGAGCGGAAAAUGUAAAAACAUCAUCUGCAUGGUUGGAGCAGGAAUAUCCACAUCGGCUGGGAUCCCUGAUUUCCGCUCACCAGGAACUGGGCUGUAUGCAAACCUGCAAAAGUAUAACCUGCCUUACCCUGAGGCCAUCUUCCAGGUCGAUUACUUCAAGAAACAUCCAGAGCCUUUCUUCGCCUUGGCCAGGGAGCUUUACCCCGGACAGUUUAAGCCGACAAUCUGUCACUACUUCAUAAAGCUGCUGAAGGACAAGGGGCACCUGAGACGCUGCUACUCGCAGAACAUCGACACCCUGGAGCGCGUGGCCGGGCUGGAAGGAGAGGAUCUCAUAAACGCUCAUGGAACGUUCUACACGUCUCACUGUGUCAGCUGCAAAAAGGAGUACAACCUGGACUGGAUGAGAGAUAAAAUCUUUUCCGAUGACAUCCCCCGGUGUGAGGGCUGCAGCAGUUUGGUGAAGCCAGAUAUCGUGUUCUUUGGGGAGAAUCUACCCGUCCGGUUCUUCACUUCAAUGAAGAUGGACUUUCCUCGCUGUGAUCUCCUCAUCAUCAUGGGGACGUCUCUGCAGGUCCAGCCGUUUGCGGGUUUAGUCGGCAGAGUUCCCAAAAGUUGCCCCAGACUGCUCAUUAACAUGGAGAAGGCAGGGCAGGCUGAUCCUAUGCUCGGGCUGCUGGGUUUUGGAGGAGGCAUGGACUUUGAAUCAGACAAGGCGUACAGAGAUGUGGCUCACAUCAGUACAUGUGAUGACGGCUGUUUGGACCUCGCGGAGCUGCUGGGGUGGAAGGACGAGCUGCAGGAGCUGGUGCAGAAGGAGCAUGCCAGGAUCGACAGUCUGGACCAGAAGGAGAAGGCCGGAGAGAGCAAAGGAGCUUCAGCUGCGAAGAGCUCUGCAUCUGAGGCACCAGAGGCCAAGAAGGAAGAGUAACCAAUUAAAAAAUGUCCUUUUAAAGAAGCUACUGGAGGGAUGUGACUGCUUGGAGACAAAGAGAGAUGAUGUAAUGUUUUUGUUUAGAGUUGAAUCUCAGUUUACAUUUCUUUCUGAACAAUCUCCUUCUUGAAAUCACUGUGAGCGGCCGCUUCAGGAAACAUCAAAAGUCUCUGAGAGGCCGAGCUAAAGCUGAGAGAAAUAAAAUAACUAAUUUAAAGAGGCUCUAUAAGGCUUUUUUGGGGUUGUCCCCUUGGUUUUUGUGCAUGUAAAGGGUCUGCAAUGCCUAAAAUCCUGCCUGAAACACCUCCAUAGGACUCCUUUGUUUACAUCCCUUAUAUAAUGACAUCACUAUGUAACACUCAAGCUUCUAUUUGCUAGCGCUCCAACACAUUGUACGUGAUAGGCUAAGGGGCGGGACAUCCCGAGCCAGCUAGCCAAUCAGAGCAGACUGAGCUUUGGUUUCAGACAGAGGAUGAAAAGAGGAGCUGCAGCACAGGCAGCAUGAGAAACAUAAAGAGCUUUUUGAACAUUAAAGCAAAAUAUAAAAUGACUUAGACCAAAAUCAAACCAGAGCUCAGCACUUUGAAACUCCUGCACUGUGUUUUAUGCUUGUGUUUACAUCAUUUGCACUUUAUUGACAUUGUUCUUACUUUCCUUUCAGCUGUAUAUUUUCUUUUGAGGAAGUUAACUUUAUGCAUGGGUUGCAGUACACAGUGGCAGGGUAGAGUAUAGCUGAUGUUUGCACAGCGUAAAGGUAAUACCUACUAAACCGCAGCAUUUUAAUCAUCGCUUUGCUAAAUAAUGAACAAAUGCUACACUAUGAUGUCUCUGAAGCAGCUUUUUAAACACAUCUGAUGGCGCACAUCAUAUAUAAUGACUUCCUGAUAUGUGACCGGAAGUAGUUGUGAAGUUUACAGUUGGCCAUGUGGAAGUUUUAAAACGUUUUAUAUUAACCGUGUCUUUCAUCUGAACCCUCUGUGGGAUUUUCCGUCAUUUCUUUUCAGUGCAAUGUCUUUGAUGCAAGAUCUGUUUUCAUGGUGCAUGGUACAGUAGCUCUGCAAUCAGGAGGACUUUGGUUGAUUCUGCUUUUCUUUAAAGAGAGCUUAAGUGCUGCAGAAACGAAAGAGCAAGGAUACACAUUUGGUUUGAUCUCUCAAAACGUUAAAAUUCAUAAAACACAAUGAAGGUUUAUGAAGAAGUGUUCUGAAUCUUGUGAAUAGAAAAGUAGAUGACAACUCUUGACAAAAUCGCUCAAAUAAGGUGUUGUUAAAGGGAAGAUUUUGGUUAUCUGAAUUGGCAUGAUUUGUCGCGUCAUCAAAAGAUGAAGGGGUUUGGACACGGUUACAUUACCAUCUGUACAAAUGAAUGGAAACCAGUUGAAGAAUCCUGCAAUAAAAGUAACCUUUACAAAGCU